CAUGUGGCCUUGCCACUCAGAAGUUCCAUCGGUCAAAUAUUCGAUACCAUUAAUUUGCUGCGAGAGAUCGUAGAAAUUUCACAGUUAACAAAGUAAGGAACAGGAAUCGUCAGGAAUGCAAUGUAGAGAGGAUAGAAGAAAGUAGUGUGGCUUGUUUUUUUGUACAGUUUGUGAAGAAUGCAUUGGCUCAGGUACGGAAUAUUCAUUUGCAGAAGUUGUGUACAGUGAAGUAGUCAGUAUCAGCAUUACGUUGCAGACUACAGGCCACGGAGUUUGUUUUUUUAACGGAAUUGGUUAUGUAAUAAAUUCUUCGGUAGCAAUGAGUAACACAAGCGGAAACAAAGUGGAUUUCCGUUGUACGUUAUCAUCAGUUAUCUGUGGGUGAUAACGUGUUAACUUUGAUGUAUAUCUGAGGUGUGUCAAAUGUUCGUGUGUUUUUUUGCACCUGAAGUGAGAUGCUAUUUCAUUUGAAAGAGUGAUUUUAAACCUGAAAAUUUUGCAUAAUAUCAGCGAAACUCAUGGCUUCGAACAACAGCAAAGGGCACCAACAGUGCGUUUGGGUUGCAGAACGAGGUGGAGGUUUGAAGAAAAACGUUUCUAGUCCACCACAUCAGCCAGAAAUAAACGUAAAUUCUAUGAACCAACAGGGAGUGAUUCACCAGCUUCAGGAUAUGUUCAUAGAUGUUCUUGAUUUGGAAAUUAUCCAGACCGUGGCACAGAACUGUGAAUUCAGUCUGCAUGCCUCAAUUGAGGCUCUCAUGAUGCUGUCAGAUGAUGUGGAUAUCCGGAAGUCACCAGUAUGCAGUAAUGCACCGCAGUUUUCAAAUAACACAGCUUCAUCAAAACCACGGCCCAAGAAAAUGAAGGUGCUGGAACUCCCAUUGAAAGCAAAACCAAGAAAGGAGUUCAAGCAUGAGGGCUUACUCCCUGUGAACAAUUUUGCUCCAAAAUCAAAGGCGACAGCUGGGGGAGACAGGACAUCAAGUCCCACUUUGGGUGCCAUCAAGGUGACCUAUAGGAGCCCCCACUGUGUGGAUUCCGACUCGGAUGCAGACGUAGUGAUAGAAGAGGAGAAGGAGUAUGAUGUCGCUGGAGAUUCUGUUAGUGUGAACUUGUCACAGGGGGCAUUCUCCAGGCUGCAGAUGCCAUCUGGGCCUCUUUGCCAGUACAUGCCUUUAUCAGAUAUUCAGGGUAGAGGAAAGACAGCACCAGAAACAAAGAAAACUGCACAGAUGCCAUCCAUGACAGCAGUUCCCAAACUGCCAAAUGUCAUUACCUUGCCCAAUGCCCUUCCAAAGAAACACUCGUCCUCUCACAUGGAGCAGCAGAAGCAAGUAAAGCCACUGACUGUACCAGAGCGGGUGCAGAAGCUGAUCAAGGAAGGUACGAGGGUAAUGGUGCUGAUGCGUGGGGCCCCAGGGAGUGGAAAGAGUCACCUCGCCACGCAAAUCAUCAGGCUGACAAUGGGUCGGAACUGCAGUCCCAACAAUUUUGUCUUCAGCACUGAUGACUUCUUUGUUCGCACGAAGCAGUUCAUUCCCAGCUUGCUUCAGGAUGCCCACAGUUGGAACCAGUGGCGGGUUCGUGCUGCAGCAGAGCAUAAACUGAGCCCUAUCUUUGUUGACAACACAAACACAGAGAUCUGGGAAAUGCAGCCUUAUGCAGAGAUUGCUGUGAGGAAUGGAUAUAUACUGGAGUUACUUGAACCAUCCACUCCGUGGCGCUACCAGGAGUCUCAACUGGCACGCAGGAAUGUGCAUGGUGUGACGCGAAAACAGAUUGAAAACAUGCUGGCUCGUUUUGAGAAGAACCUGACGGGAAAGUUGCUUCUGACAAAGCUUAAGCUUAAAUACUCUGCAGGGAAUAGGCCACCGCAACCAGCAGUCUGUGCACCGCUGCCACCACAGAUCAAACAGAAGACAAAGACGAAGACAAAGCCACAACCUCCUGCUGCAGUGCCUCCAGAAGUUAAACCUAAGAGGAGAAAGAAGAAACCUAAAGCUGCCAAUGUGCAAUUGCAGGCUUCACAACGGCCAAUCCAGCCUGCUCAAAAUGCUUCACUCAUGGACACCUUGGCACUGUUCCUUGCCAAGAAGGUUUUAGAGGAAGGACAGAUUUUGGAUCCAGAAGUCGCAGACAGUUGUCUGAGUAAUGGAAUCACCAUUGGUGAUGCUCUGUUGCCCAAGAAACAAGAUGUCUCAGAGACGACAAACAGGCCUGGAGCUGCAAGUACACGGACCCCACAUGUUUCCAUAUCCUCAGAAGGAAGCGCUGUGAACACUUGUGGUGGAUCAUCUGAUGAUGACAGCAGUGAGGAUGAGAGUGAAAAAGAAGUUGAGAGGGAGAAAGAUGAUAAUGAUGCAGCAGUUGAAACCCAGGAACUGGGAGAGUGGCAGGUUAGUGACAGUGAGUGGCUGUACCAAAGCGAUGAUGGCAGAGAAGAGGAAGAACUGAAUGGGGCUGAUAUUCCAGAACCUGUCACCAAUGGGGUGCAGUGCUGGGAGUAUAUCUUAGUAAUGGAUGAUUCAAAGUGGAUGUAUCAAAAGCACCAUCCUGAAGUCCAAGACACAGGAGUGCAAGAUAAUCCUGAGACAGCCACGGAGCAGAUGGAAGGUUUGCUUAUCAACCUAGCAGCUGACUCAACUGAUUUUUCUGGCUCAAAGGUUGAUAUCCCAGUUGAAGUAGAAGAAAGUGCCAGAGAAAAGACUUCAGCAGAAAAUUUGCUUAUAGAUAUUUUUAGCACGGUUGAGGCCAGCCUGGAAGGUGGAGUACAGGAGUUACUUUCACCAGUGAAUGCACCGGCUGUGACACAGAGUAUGACCAGGCAAACUGAUUCUGAUGAUAAUAUCGCAUCACAUCCUUUCUCCCUUGAUGAAUUUGAUCAGUGGCUAUGCAGCCUCCCCACUGAGUCUGGGAUAGAAGCCAUUCACUGGCCAGCUCCAUCCUCAGAAAAGAGCAAGGCAAUGUCUGACAUUGUAGAACCAAUACGAGAAGAGCCUGUGAAGAUGGAAGUAACAGCUGCAGAAGAUGUGAAUGCUAAAACAGGAGAGCUGUGUCCACUUGGAUUGCAAAUUUAUCCACUUUUGGUGUCUUCAAAUGAAGAGAAACUGAUGCCAGAAAGUAGUGAAGAAAAUCACGUGCGUGAGACAGCCCUAGCAUCUGGAAUUGUACCACAAACUGGCAACAGCACUCUACCAGCAGAGGAUCCUGAGGUCCAUCCUCCUGUUCUCGAAGAUACAGGACCAGAACUUGCCCCAUCCCCUGGCACUCAUCAACCCUGCCCCCAACCUGCAGAUAGAGAAAGUAAUGAAGAUGAAUACUAUAGGACUGCAUGUUCUGAAGAAGGUUCUAGCAGUGGUGGAGAGGUAGUUCCUGUCAAGGAAAACAGGACAGACUUGUUGAUAUUGGCCUCAUGUAAAGCUGCUCCAACAUACGACUUCCUUACGUGGGUUACAAAGAGCAAUGAGGAAGGACCAUGCGAACAGAGAGAUUCCAGACAUAACAGUGAGGAGCAGGUAGAAACAAAGCCUGAGGUGUGUGGGUCUAAGGAGCAGAGGGUUCCCCGAAGGGUGAUUGGAAGAAAGCUGAAUCACUCAAGUGAUGUGGAAGUGCUGGACGCAGAGACACUGCCGCCUGAAGUGCAAGCCUGGGGAACUGUUCCAGAGCCUGCAGUGUCGUGGGAGAAUAAGGACAUUCAACAGGGAGAAUGCAAAUCAUCGCAAGGCCCUCAGCCUCAGAGAUCAAUUUUUGCAUCUGAAGAAGUCAUGCAGAAUUCUUUGAAGAACAGGCUCACUGACGAAGUGCAGAAGAUCAAUUUGUCAAAUGCAGGUGGUGAAGAUUCUGAUGUGACAGGUGAUGCUGCAAGCCGAGCAGUCACAGAUACGUCCAGCAACACCCAUUACAAAGACUUCAUCCUCAUCUCACAACUGAACAGGUCUAGAGGCACCCCUCAACCCAUGGAGGGCAUCAGAAUUGUUACUGGUCGCAAUUGUAAUAUCAAUGAAGGUUUUGACCCACUGAAACACUUCGACAGGGCCAUGCCAGUUAAGCUGACACUUGACAAGAGCUCCAUGGCCACUCUAGAGGAUGAUGACUUUGCUGCUGCAGUGCUAGCGUCUUCACAGCAAACUACUACAGAGCGGGACCACAACUUUGCUAAGUUGCUAGCCAUGUUUCCAAGUGCACCACAAGAUGGCAUGAAGGAAAUUUUUGAAAAAUGUAAUGGUGACUUGAACUGGACAGCUGAUUUGUUGCUGGAAUCAGAACUAGAACAGUUUGCACAUAUGUCACCAGAUGGGCAGGAUACAGAAGGCCCAGUUGACCAGAGACAGUCUCCUCAAGUUUUCGAUGUGUCUCAUGCAGAGCCCUUGGGACCCCCACCAGAGGCAGCAGAUGAACCACGUUGUAACUUGAGAGCAAGAAAAUCCUGGAGAAACGAGAAUGGCAGUAUGACUCAUGUGUCAGAAGAGGCAUUGCCGUUGGAAGAGUGUGUCGCUUCAAGUGACGCCAGCUACUCAGAAGACACGCUGCGGAUGAAGAAGCUCCGGCAUGGAGAACUGCUGGACAUGGGCGAAGUGACCACCAAGCCCCGACACUCUCCUCCAAACAGCAGUCAGAUCACGAAGGAGAGUGCCCUUGGAGCCAUUGGAUUUCCACGGACGAGAACUCCAUCUCCUCAGUUUGGUGAUGCAACAGAUAUACAGAGCAGUAGCACUGUAGACAAAGAUUUGGGGAGUAGCAGUGCUGACUUGGAGGAUGGGGAGAUGAUGCCAUUUGAAUUGGAUCCUGGGUUUGUGUCCCAACUGCAUCAGAUGUUUGGAAACCCUUUGUUGUCACUGAUUGAAGACGUGAGGCUGAUCGUGAACCUUCCAGUUUCUCUUGCUCGUCAGAUCCAUCAGUACUUGGUGGAGUCGCAGCUGAUUGUGCUGCAGCAGCGGCAUGAAGAGAUGGAGCGGAUGAUGCGGGAAGAUGAGGAGUUAGCUCAGCAAGUGAGUCUGAUGCUGCAGAUGGAUGGCGGCACUGAGAGCGUAAGCCAGGAGGAGGCCAAUGAUAUGGAAAUGGCUCUGGCCAUCUUCAAAAGUUAUCAGGUCGAGUUGCAACGCAUGAAGGAAGACCCAGAUGCAUUGAUGGACAAGAGCAAUUUGUGUCACAUGUUCCCAGACAUCGACACGGACAUGCUGCAGGCAGUGUUAACUGCAAAUGGGAAUUCGUUGGAGAAGGCUAUAGAAAAUAUUAAUGCACAGAUGCAGUGUGCCCUGGGGAAACGAGGUCAAACAGUCUCAUCACCUGAGACUCUUGUAAAACGUGGGCGUUAUCUCUUGGAUCAGGCCAGUGAGGAGCAGUUCAAGAUGGGCCAGAUUAGCAGGGCUGGGACCUCAGAAUUACGGCCAGGAGUGGCAAAGGGUGAAGCUGUGAGGUCAGUGGACUGGGUUGAAAAGGACUACCAUCGCUACCGUGAUUGGACGGUCUGUUUUCGCAAGCUGCGCGAGAAGCAUCACAGGUGUGGAGGAGAAUAUUCUAGGAAGAAGAUGACAACUGUUGCAACAUUCUACUCCAAACUAGCCACCUUAUAUACGAUGCUUAUGGAUGAAGCGAAUGCCCGAGCUGUCUCUUGCCUGGAGUAUAUAAAUACGGUGUGCCAGAAUGAUAAUACACUCGACCUGCACAAUUACCGGGUGAGAGAAGCCCUGCAGGCCUUUGAUAUAUUUGUGGAUCGACACAUCGUGGGCCUCAGUGGACAAGGGCCUGGGAGACGUGCCUUAUAUGCCAUCACUGGCCGGGGAGCACACAGUCAGGAUGGCAUUCCACGCAUCCGCAAUGCAGUGGAACAGCGGAUCAGAGCGAGAGGCCUGCAGUGUGGCAGAGUGAAUGAUGGGCUCCUGAGGGUGAUAGUAUGCUCGGACUCGGCCCUCACAUACACUCUGAGGGUCAGUGAUGAAACGUAGCUACACUGAGCUAAACAGGGCUGCCUUGUACCAUGCAAGCAGCAUCACUUCUAUCUUCUUCUGCUCUGUCAGCAGUGUAGGUGUAUGUAAUUGGGGUAUUUAAUCCAAGUGACAUGACAUGCCCUUAAUGGGCCCCCCAAAAUGCACCUCACAUCAGUACAGGUAUAGGUGAUGAUUAUACUAACUGCAUUGCAGGCAAUUUGAUGCAGAAUCCUGUGGUGCUGCCAUAGGUUGAAUUCCCACAGUUGUGCAUAUAUACAAGGUGGUUCAAAUAUGACCGGGACUGAUUUUUAAAAAGAAAAACAUAAUUGCCAAACACUUACUUGCACA